AACUGGGGGAGAAGAAUGUUUUUCUCUCUUCCUACGUUGACUGUCCUUAUUCCACUGGUGUCUUUAGCAGGACUGUUCUACUCAGCCUCUGUGGAGGAAAACUUCCCACAGGGCUGCACUAGCACAGCCAGCCUGUGUUUUUACAGUCUGCUCUUGCCCAUUACCAUACCAGUUUAUGUGUUCUUCCAUCUUUGGACUUGGAUGGGUAUCAAACUCUUCAGGCAUAAUUAAUGCAAUAAGAACCAACAUGGUAUAUAUCAAUAAUUUGGCUUGAGCAACUCUGAAAGCUCAACUCCAUGGAAAUACUAGAAAUCCACUUAAUUUGUAGGAAAGAUGCUUUACCUUGAUUAGAGACAGGACUAU